AUGCGUGGAAAUAAAAACUCUGGUCCUUGUGCAAUCAAGAAUUGUGAUAAUAAUGAUAAAAAUCCUGAAGAUGUUAACUUCAGAACUAUAACAGACAAUGCGUUUAAAAAGAUAAGAGAACACCAAGACUAUGAAAGCAUAAAUUAUUUAAGAUUAAAUGAACAACUUUGUGCUAAUCACUACAUGAAGUAUGUAGCAUAUUAUAAACGUAAGCAAUUGAAUGUCAAUGAAAAUUCAUCAAAUAAUAUCAAGAUUAAUGUCACAGAAAAUGGAGUUCUUUUAUCCAGAGAAGAUUUUGUCCAGAAUAACUUAGAAAAAAGUAAUUUGACAUUUUCAGAUAAAAUUGAACUAUUAACAAAUGUACUUCUCAAACAACAACGAAUUUUUGAUAAAAGUUAUAAUGUUGUGAAGAUACAAUGGGUUAAAGAUAAAAUGAUUGAUGAUAAAAAAUUUGAUCGCAUUGGGCUUUUAUUAGUCCAUAUGUAUAAUGAAGAUAUUGAAGAAAAGAAAGAAGAAAGAUCUAUGGAAUCAGUGAAAAUAAUUAAUGUGAAGCAGCAAAGCCUUCGUUCCUUGGAAGAUUAUUUCUAG